CACACUCUCUCACACACACACUAUUUUCUUUCAAACACACUCAUGGAUUAUCAGCACUUUCUCCUUCUGCUGCUCCUGCCAGAUCUUCAGCUCUGCUUCAACUUUGACACGAAGAACUUCAAGGUCUUCUCCGGCUCCAAAGAAAACCAGUUUGGAUACACGGUCCAGCAGCACGAGGCCGGAGGGCGCCAGUGGCUGCUGGUUGGAGCUCCCUUGGAGUCCACAGGGAAGCAGCAGACUGGUGAUGUGUUCAGGUGCCCUCUGGACAGGAACUCUGCAAACUGCAGCAGACUCAACCUGGGGAGACUUUCUCUGGACAACGUGUCGGAGAGGAAGGACAACAUGAGGCUGGGGAUGACGCUGACCUCUAACCCCAGAGACAGCAGCUUCGUGACCUGUGGUCCUCUCUGGUCUCAUGAGUGUGGCAGCUCGCUGUACAGCACAGGGAUCUGCUCCAGAGUCAGCAGGACCUUCAAACUGUCCCACACCAUCGCCCCCGCCCUGCAGAGGUGUGAGACGUUCAUGGACAUUGUGAUCGUUCUGGACGGCUCUAACUCCAUCUACCCGUGGUACGAGGUGCAGGACUUCCUCAUCACCAUCCUGCAGAAGUUCUACAUCGGCCCAGGUCAGACGCAGGUGGGUGUGGUUCAGUACGGCUCCAAGGUGGUCCAUGAGUUCGGUCUGGGGGAGUACCAGACGGUGGAGGAGGUGGUACAGGCUGCCCGGGGCAUCGACCAGCGGGGGGGCGAGGAGACCAGGACGGCCCUUGGCAUCAACGUGGGGCGGUCCGAAGGGUUCAAGCGAGGCGGUCGACCCGGCGCGAAGAAGGUGAUGAUCGUGAUCACAGACGGAGAAUCUCAUGACAGUCCGCAGCUGGUGCAGGCGGUCGCCGACAGUGAGAGAGACAACGUCACCAUGUACGCCAUCGCUGUUCUGGGUUAUUACAACCGCCGGGGGAUCAACCCUGAAGCCUUCCUGAAGGAAAUAAAGUUUAUUGCGAGCGACCCGGAUGAGCAGCACUUCUUCAACGUGUCGGACGAGUCUUCGCUGAAGGAUAUCGUGGACGCGCUGGGAGAGAGGAUCUUCUCUCUGGAAGGAAGUCAGGGUCGACGGUUCGGUCUGCAGAUGGCUCAGGCGGGUUUCUCCUCACAUUUAGUCAAAGAUGGCGUUUUGCUCGGGGCGGUUGGCGCCUACGACUGGAACGGUGCCGUGCUGAAAGAAACCAAACACGGGAAGGUGGUUCCACCAAAGUCCUCCUAUAAGGACGAGUUUCCAGAAGAGCUGAAGAACCAUGGAGCCUAUCUGGGUUAUUCGGUUGGUUCCCUCAUUUCCUCUCGCGGCGCUCAGCUCUACGUGGCCGGAGCACCGAGGUUCAACCACACCGGGAAGGUCAUCGUGUUCACGCUGAAAAACACCGGAAACCUGACCAUCCUACAGGCGCUACUGGGAGAGCAGAUCGGCUCAUAUUUCGGCAGUGUGUUGAUAUCGAUGGACGUAGACGAUGACGGACAGACGGACGUCCUGGUGGUCGCAGCGCCGAUGUUCUACAGCCAGGGCUGGGAGACGGGGAGGGUCUACAUCUACACUGUCACACCACAGACCUCGUUCGUCCUGCAGGGGGCGCUGCAGGUGUCCGACCGCUCUCAGAACGCCCGCCUCGGCUCAGCGCUGGCUCAGAUUCCCGACAUGAACGGGGACGGGUUCAGGGAACUGGUGGUGGGCGCGCCGCUGGAGGACGACCACCAGGGGGCGCUGUACGUCUUCUACGGACACCAGAAGACCCUCCAACACCGCUUCAGACAGCGCGUCUCUGCAGCCGGACUCUCUUCCGGUCUCCAGUACUUCGGGCAGAGCCUCCAUGGAGUUCUGGACGCUAACGGAGACGGACUGGUGGACCUGGCAGUGGGAGCUCUGGGAGCUGCUGUCAUCGUGUGGUCUCGGGGCGUGGUGCGGAUUCAGGCCACGCUGACCUUUGAACCGGAGAAAGUGAACAUGUUUAACAAGGACUGCCUGCGGGGGGGGAAGGAGGUGACCUGCAUGUCCGUGUCCGUCUGUCUGAGCCUGGACUCACGGACCAAGAGAGGGACCAAGAGCCAGGAUGUGGCUGUGUGGUUCAGUCUGGUUUUGGACGAGAGGCGUCUCCCCCCCCGAGCCGUCCUGGAUGAGUCUGAGCGUCAGCAGCCGAGGAUCCUGGUCCUACAGGGCGGAGGUCGGAGCUGCCAGAGGAUCGGAUUCUCCAUCCAGGAGACGGCAGAUUACGGGCGCCCCCUGGCGGUGCUUCUGGAGACGGGGCUGCAGAGUCCGGACGACGGGCCGGUGCUGGAUCCUGAUUGGCCGAACGUCCUGAGGGCCGAGCUUCCCUUCUGGAACGGCUGUGAGCAGGAAGAUGUCUGCGUCCCCGACCUCAUCCUGCACAGCCACACCGACCUGAUGAGCGCUCAGCAGUUCUGCGGCUCCAGGGAGGGGGCGUCCUGGUCUCUGUGCAGCCAGCAGGGGACGCCGCAAGGCUCGCUGCACGUGGUGGAGGCUGGACGGAGGAGGGUGGUGGUGUUCGCCCGGCUGGAGAAUCAGGGAGAAAACGCUUACGGAGCGUCCGUCCAAAUCUCCACUUCCUCCAACCUCGUGUUCUCCAGCCUCAUCGUCAAGGACCAAUCAGAUAUUCAGAUCGAGUGCCACUCUGAGGACAGACUGGCCAAUCAGAGGAGCUGUACCAUCAGCGCUCCGUUCAUGAAGUCUUUGUCUCAGGUGUCUUUCCAUCUGGAGUUUGAGUUCAGCCGUUCGGUUUUUCUGGAUCACAUCCGCGUCCUCAUGGCAACCAGCAGUGAGGGAGAGGAUGGUUUCCCAGACGACAACAUCAAAGACAUCUUCCUCCCUCUGAAGUACCAAACCGACCUCCUCUUCACCAGAGACCCGAACCCUCGUCGAUUUCAAAUCAAAUCCUCCUCUUCCUCUUCCUCCUCCUCUUCCUCCGGGGAUCAAGCGGACACCUUCAACCUCACGUAUAAUAUCCAGAACUCGGGUGUCUUCCCGCUGCCGGACGUCCUGUUCAGAGCGGAGAUCUGGGCUGUGACGCGGGGCGGGAACCAGCUGUUGAACAUCACCGACUACAGCGUCCUACAGGCGCCCGGCUCUCACUGCUCGCUGCCUCCGAUCAGAUCAACCAAUCAGGUCGCAGCAGAGGACUUGACACACCUGUCACAGCUGAAUCAGAGUACAGGAGUCAGUGAGGUGCUGAGCUGCAGAUUGAAUCUUCCAGCCUCUUCAGACGUCAGGCUCAGUCUCAAAGGACGCCUGCAGCUCCACGCCCUGAAUACUGUGAGCUUCCGGUCUCUGGAGGUUUUGACGUCUGCCUCCGUCCAGCUGGAAGCUUCCAGCCCGAUGUUCCUACAGGAGGAGAGACCGCUCAGACAGAUCAUUGUGGAGCUGAGGAAGGACAAGGAUCACAUCGUCUCCGUGUGGAUCGUGGUGGGCAGCUCAGUGGGGGGGCUGCUGCUGCUGGGACUCCUGGUGCUGGGACUGUGGAAGCUCGGCUUCUUCAACAGACGCCGGAGACAGGAAGAGGAGGAGCAGCCGUCGACCAAUGGGAAGGCAGCAGAGGAGCUGUGAUGUCACAGUUCUUCAACUCAUAAAUUCACAGAUUUAAAACACGAGUAGUGCUUCUGAGAGGUCAAACUGUGAGCUGCAGAGACUCAGAGGUGUUGGACUUCAUUCGGACACUAUUUAGUUUGUUAGAAAAGGUUUAGUGCGUCCAAAUACAGAGUUUGUCAAACACAGUGUGCCAAGAUACCGGCAUGCUUUUCUGACCCACAAUCCUUUGCACAGCAGGUAAACAGAUAGACUUGUAGACAUCAUUUGUAAAGGCAGCUGCCAUAUGUAUGAAAAUGAUCCCCUGAAUGCAUCACGAGACUCUACCUGUGAUAUAAAGUGGGUUCUGAAAGCAGAAGAUGAAACUAAAUAUAAAAACCUGCAGUAUUUACCACUAAAAAGUAUUAAAUACUGAGGAAAAUGAAUACAAAAUGUAAAAGAGAAAACACAAGACUACCUAAGAUGGCUGUUUUUUUAAUUUUAUUUUACACUAAUGGACAUUGUAAAUGCGUCUUACGAACACAUGUUGUUUAUUAUUUCCACAUUUAUAUCUGAUGCACUUUUGUUGUAUAAAAUCAAACUUGAAUUUGUGUGUGUAAAUAUGUGUGAGUUAAUAAGGAUGGUGGCAUUAUUGUUGUUGUUGUUUCUGCAUAGAGUUUGUACUGAUGUUGUGUUGAUAUUUUAAUAAAGACUAUAUAAUACUACGAUAUUA